AUUCCAUUCCAGUGGCUACAAAGUUAAACAUAUCUCAAAAAGUGAUCGACGAUAUUGUCCACAGUAACUUGAGUCUCUCUCUCUCUCUCUCACUCUCUCUGUCUCUCACUCUCUUACACACACCCAUACGAUGGAUGCAGUAACAAACACAGUGGCGAUCUCAUGUGCUCUAGUAGUUGUACUAUGCGCAUGGAAGAUGGUAAACAUGGUGUGGGUGAGACCAAAAAAGCUGGAGAAGUUACUGAGGAAUCAAGGUUUCAAGGGAAACAAAUACAAGUUUUUGUUUGGGGAUAUGAAAGAGUUCUCUAUGAUGAUUAAACAAUCCAAAUCUAAGCAUAUCAAUAUCGAUGAUGAAGAUGAAGUUCUACCACACGUUGUGGCUUUCACCCAUCAAUCUUUGCAAAAAUAUGGAAGAAGUUUCAUCACAUGGAUGGGAUGGGAACCAAGAGUGGCUAUUAUGGACCCAGAGAUGAUCAAAGAUGUAUUAAUGAAGUUAAAUGACUUUCAAAAGACGAGAUCUAAUCCACUCCUUAAAUAUCUAGCAACGGGCUUAGUGACCUAUGAAGGGGAUCAGUGGGCCAAGCAUAGAAAAUUAAUUAAUCCAGCUUUCCAUGUGGAGAAGCUAAAGAAUAUGGUACCAGCUUUCCAUUUAAGUUGUAGUGAAAUGAUUGGGAAGUGGGAGAAAGAGAUUUCAUCAAAUGGGUCAUGCGAGUUGGAUGUUUGGCCUUAUAUUCAAGCUUUAACAAGUGACGUGAUAUCAAGAACCGCAUUUGGAAGUAGUUAUCAAGAAGGAAUUCGGAUAUUUCAACUCAUAAGAGAACAAAGUGUAUAUGCAAUGGAGGCAGUAAUGUCACUUUACAUUCCUGGUUCAAGGUUUCUUCCAACAAAGAGGAACAGGAAGAUGAAAGCAAUAGAUCAUGAAGUGCGAAAUUCUAUAAAAAGCAUCAUUCACAACAAGCUCAAGGCAAUGAAGGCCGGAGAAGGUAACUACGACGAUUUGUUAGGAAUAAUGCUUGAAUCUAAUAGCAAAGUGGUCGAGCAAAAUCAAAACCAGAGUCAUGGAAUGACUAUCUAUGAAGUUAUUGAAGAGUGCAAACUUUUUUACUUUGCUGGACAAGAAACAACAUCGAGCUUGCUUGUCUGGACGAUGAUUUUGUUAGCUAAACAUCAAGAAUGGCAGUCACGCGCAAGAGAAGAGGUUUUGAGUGUUCUUGGAGACCAGAAUAUAGAUAUAGACGGAUUAAAUCAUCUAAAAGUUGUGAAUAUGAUCUUCCAUGAAGUUUUAAGGCUAUAUCCAUCAUUUACUCAACUAGCGCGCAAAACUGUCAAGGAUAUCACAUUGGGAGGAUUUUCGCUACCAUCGGGAAUUCAGAUUGCAUUACCAAUCAUGCUAAUUCAUUACGAUGAACAACUUUGGGGUAGUGAUGCCAAUAAAUUUAAGCCUGAAAGGUUUUCUGAAGGAAUCUCCAAGGCAACCAAAAACCAGGUCAUUUACUUUCCUUUCGGUUGGGGACCACGAAUCUGCAUUGGACAAAACUUUGCAUUGCUAGAAGCUAAAAUUGCACUUGCAAUGAUCUUACAAAAGUUCUCCUUCGAAUUGUCACCAUCCUAUGUCCAUGCUCCUAAUAUCGUUCUCUCCCUUCAACCACAGUAUGGUGCACAACUGAUUUUGCAAAAGCUCUAGUGUACUAUAUAAGGGACUAUGUAUUAUAUAAGUCAUAUAAUAAUAAAAGAAAUAUGUGAUGUAUGUUGACUCUAGUGAAUUAAUUAUGUAUAGUGGCCUUGUAACUUGUAUCAUGGUGAGUUUUUUUGUUUGUAGUCGGUUAUAUUAGGCUAAUUAAAAAUAUUGUCCUUUUGCUCA